GACAGUUCCAAGUGCUCCCAACUGAUCUAACUCUCAGCGCUGUUCAGUUCUCCUGGGGUCUUUGUUUGAAGUUUUCCUGACAUGCCUACUACGAGGGUCAUGCCGUAUUAUCAUCAGGCACAGAAACAGGUUUCACAUCAAUAUUCCAGCUCAAAGCAUGUUGUCCAGCAAAGCUCAUCGAGAAAAACCAGCUCAAAGUCUGUGAAGAAGGUACAGGUGAAGAAGGCCUCCGAGGCUAUGGCGGAACCAGCCUAUACAGUGCCUGCUUUCAGGGAGAGCGAGCCUGAAGGAACGCCUGAGUACCAACGUGUGGCCUUUCGUCUUGAAAGAGACCUCAACACCCUGCAGGAAGAGCUGCACAGGAUUAGAAGAGUCACUCAUGAACAAGUGGAAAAUAUUGAGAUUACUAAAGAGGUGAGAGAGAGGAUGUGGGUCAGUAGAGAAUUUCCUACACAGAUUCUCAGAGCUCCAGACUUCUUGGUGGCUCUAAGACCUCAUACUGUGUGGGAGAAAAGCCAAGUCAAGCUUUUCUGCACCGUCUCUGGCACCCCUACUCCCAUCGUCAAAUGGUGUAAGAAUGGUGUUACUAUUAAUACUCUGAGUGCACCUGGAAAAUACAAAAUCGAGAGCAAAUAUGGCGUUCACGGUCUGAUUAUUAGCAGAUGCACAGUGGCUGAUUCUGGUGUAUACAGCGCUGUCGCUACCAACCCUGCAGGAAAGGCCAUCUCUAAAGCCACAGUGUGUGUGAGAAGAGGAUCUUGGGCCUCUGAGCUCUCUUAUCUGCCAGGAAGAGCACCCUUUCCUUCUGAUAUUCACGCAAGUAAGCUAGAAGUGACCCUGCUUGAUAGAUUUGGAGUGACAUUUGGCACUGAAGGCGAGUCAUUAACUCUGACGGCCAACAUGGCGGUUGUUCCUGAUCUUCCUAACCUCCCACCAGAGGUUAUGUGGUACAGAGAUGAGACUUUGCUGACUGAGUCUAGAUGGGCUGAGAUGUCUGUCGGUGGUGGAGCUGCCAAGCUUACCUUUCCUCACUUAAAUAAGGAUGAUGAAGGUCUGUACACCCUGCGCAUCUGGACCAAGGAGGGAACCACUGAGCACAGUGCCUACUUAUUUGUCAAAGAUGCUGCUCCCUCAGUGGCUGGAGCCCCAGGAGCUCCUAUGGAUGUCAAAGUUUCUGAUGCUAAUAAGGAUUAUGUCCUGGUGUCCUGGAAGCCUCCCAACACCACCAAUGAGCCUCACAUCACUGGUUACUUUGUGGACAAGCGUAAAUCUGGAACCAAGGACUGGAUCCAGUGCAACGACUCCCCUGUAAAAGUGUGCAAGCUUCCUGUGCAUGGGCUCACUGAGGGGGCCUCCUAUCAUUUCAGAGUCAGAGCUGUGAACAGCGCUGGCAUGAGUCGGCCCUCCAGGAUGUCUUCUGGGGUGUCUGCUGCUGAGGUGGAGAGCGAUGUGGAAGUGAUUCAGAUUGAGGGGAAAUAUGAUAUUGUGACUCGACAAGAGCUGCAAGAAGAACAUGUUACAUUGCUGGAGCCGCCUACAGAUGUGCAUGCCUCCGAAAUAAAUCACUCGUAUAUUGUGCUGAGCUGGAAACCUCCCAGCCCAAGGGGAUGGGCACCUGUAUGGUACCUCAUUGAAAAGUCGGUGGGUGACAAUAGCUUGUGGCAGAAAAUCGACACUGGUGUGCAAAUACGCUCCCCACGUUACCCACUAUUUGAUCUGGAGGACAGGAAAGCUUAUCGUUUCCGUGUUAUCACUGUCAACAUGUACGGUCAAAGCAGACCAUCUGAGUCAACAGAUCUGGUACAGAAGUCAGAUGCUCAUGGUGUUCCCUCAGCUCCAGGUCAAGUCAUUGCUUCCAGAAACACCAAAACUUCUGCCUUUGUGCAGUGGGAUCCCCCCAAAAACCUCAACAACCUGAUGGGUUACUAUGUGGAUUGCUGUGUUGUUGGCUCCAAGGUCUGGUCCCCCUGCAACCACAGGCCAUACAAGCACACCAGGUUUGUGGUCCAUGGCCUGACUUCUGGUGAUACGUACAAAUUCCGUGUCCAGGCAGUGAAUGUUUUUGGGCUAAGCGAGGAGUCUCAGGAGUCUGCUCCCCUGUUCAUUGAUGCUGCUCUCACUGUUCCUUCCGCCCCGUACGGCAUCGCCUUGCUCAGCUGUGACGGAUCCUCCAUGACUCUGGCUUGGAAACGUCCUAAAACAACCGGUGGCAGCAAGAUCACCUCCUACUACCUGGACAAACGUGAAGCAGGGUCUCUGAUGUGGAAGGAGGCCAGCUCCACUCCUGCCACCACCAGGGUGUACAAGGUGGAGAACCUGACCGCUGGAGUGUUUUAUGAGUUUAAGAUUCAAGCUGCAAAUCUGGCUGGUGUUGGUGUGCCAUCUGAACCCAGCAAGUCUUUUGCUUGUGAGGAGUGGACCAUGCCUGAGCCUGGCCCUGCAUAUGACAUCACUUUCUGGGAGGUAAGGGACACCUCAGUCCUGGUGCAGUGGAAGGCUCCGGUGUACACUGGUACCGGCCCCGUCACUGGUUACUUUUUGGAAAUGGCCAAGAAGGGAUCGUCUGAUUUUGCUACAGUGAAUGCUGAAGCUUUGAGCCGCUGUUACCUGAGGGUUACUGGUCUGGAGACUGGAGCUUUCUAUGUGUUUAAAGUACGUGCAGUGAAUGUGGCAGGUAAAGGAAAGGCAUCUGAAUUGUCUGAGGCUGUGUGCAUUAAGGCUCUGCCAGGAACUAAGGAGAUUGUAUGUGGUGUGGAUGAAGAGUCUGGAGAUAUUUUCCUGUCUUUUGAGGCCAGUGAGGCUUCUGAGCUCUCUAAGUUUACUUGGUCAAAGUCCUACAAAGAAAUUACUGAUUCCAAGAGAGUAACUGUGACAAGCGAGGGAAGACGAUCCAGACUGACCUUUGUGAAUCCUGAGAAGGACGAUCUGGGUCUCUACUCUGUGGCAGUAACUGAGACUGACGGAGUGUCUUCCAGUUACACUAUAAGUGAAGAGGAACUCAACAAAAUGCGUGAACUUAGCUACAACAUCAAAAAUCCAACUGUUCCUCUGAAGACAGAACUAAACUAUGAGGUUCUUGAGAAGGGACAUGUGCGUUUUUGGGUGCAAGCUAAGAAGAUGUCUAAUUCUGCAACCUACAGGUUUAUCGUUAAUAAUAAGGAAGUCACCAGUGCUGAGGGUCACAAGAUCAGCCACAAUGCUUCCACUGGAGUCAUUCAGAUGGUCAUCGAGCACUUCACCAGGGCCAAUGAGGGCACAUACACCGUUCAGAUCCAUGAUGGAAAAGCCAAGACCCAAAGCUCUUUGGUGCUUGUUGGAGAUGCUUUCAAGGCUGCACUGAAGGAGGCUGACUUCCAAAGAAAGGAACACAUUAGAAAACAAGGUCCUCAUUUCUCAGAGUACUUGACUUUCCAUGUGAAAGAGGACUGCACUGUUAAACUUGUAUGUAAGUUGGCUAAUGUGAAAAAGGAGACCACAUUUACCUGGUUUAAAGAUGAUGAGGAAAUCACUGUUGAUGUCGCACCCAACCCAAUGUCUGGAUCCUGUGCUCUUCCUAUCCCAUUGUUUUCCAGAAAAGAUCAGGGAAUUUACAAAGCUCUACUCGAAGACAAUCGUGGAAAGGACACCUCUAUUUAUGACAUUUCUGGCCAAAUAUUUGAGGAAAUCAUCAAUGCCAUUGCACAUGUUUCUGGCUCCUCUGCCUCUGAGCUGAUGUUGCAGUGCACACCAGAGGGCAUCAGAUUGCAGUGCUACAUGAAGUACUACACCGAGGAGAUGAAGACCAGCUGGUUCCACAGGGAGAGUAAGAUUGCCUCUUCAGAAAAAAUGAGGAUUGGAGGUACAUCUGAGAUGGCCUGGAUGCAGAUCUGUGAGCCCACUGAUAGAGAGAAGGGCCAGUACACUAUUGAGAUCCAUGAUGGCAAAACUGCUCACACCCGUUCUUUUGACCUCUCUGGACAAGCAUACACUGAUGCUUAUGCAGAGUUCCAGAGGCUCAAAGCUGCUGCAUUUGCUGAGAAGAAUCGUGGUAGGGUACUGGGUGGACUGCCAGAUGUUGUCACUAUUAUGGAGUAUAAGACCCUAAGUUUGACAUGCACAGUGUGGGGUGACCCCAAACCUGAGGUCACCUGGUUCAAGAAUGAACAGGAAGUCGUGUCCAGUGACCACAACCAGAUCUCAUUUGAGAGUGGCAAGUUUGCUAGUCUGACCAUUAAAACAGUCACCGUGGAUGAUUCUGGCAAGUACAGCAUCAACGUGAGGAACAAGUAUGGUGGUGAGUUUGUGGAGAUCACUGUCAGUGUGUACAAGCAGGGCGAGGAGAUCCCAGAACCCAAACUGGGACAGACCGCCAAACCAAGCACAGCACCCAGGACCCCUGCACCUCCUGCUGCCAAGCCCCAGACUCCUGCCCCAUCUGUGAAAAGCCCCAGUCCAUCCCCAGCCCCGUCUGUUAAAUCUCCAACACCUACUCCAUCAAUGAAGUCCCCCACCCCAGCUCCAAAAUCCCCUACCCCACCUAGGAGUACCAAGUCCCCCACUCCACCCAGGUCUCUUAGGUCCCCAACCCCCACUAAGAAGUAAUAAAAAGGAUGUAAUGGUUGAGGAUGGUUAAGGUGUUGAUAUUACAAAUGUAUUGUGCUCUAUAUAAUUAGUAAUGAUGACAGGUUGAAGUUUUUGGCCUGAUGUAAUACUGCCAAAAAACCUCAUCAAACUCAUUUAAUUUUCAGUUUUUCAUAGACAGUUAAAUGGUAACUCUUUCUCAUAGGCCCUAAAAGCACAUUAAUCUGUAUCAUGUCUAUGAUACCUUUAAGAAAAUGUGUUUGGUUUUGUUAUUUCUGAAUCUGCCAAAUUGGAUAAUGAAGUAGUAAAAUACAUAACACUGACUGCCAAAAAAUAUAAAGAAUAUAACUUUAAAACUAAGAUGUGCUAUAAUACAGUUUAUGCAAAAUUUGAACACUCUUGGUUUAAAUUCCAUUAUAUUGUUGACUUAUUAAUACAUCCUCCUGAGGAAACAAGCUUAUAUGCACUUUAAUGCAUAACUACUGUUUAUUUGCUGAAUUAAACAUAAAGUAUAUCAAUAAAAGUAUGUGGACACCCCUCAUACUUAUCAAGUUCAGAUUUUUCAGCCGUACCCAUUGCUAACAGGUGUACAAGAUCAUUAGAAUUUAACAUAGAAAAUAAACAAAUGGAAUCUGACCAGGAUGAUCGAGAUUUUGCCAAAGACUGUAGCUACAAUCUUUGCAAAUGGCUUCACUAUAUCACUGUAUUAUUUUAUUGUGUAGCUCUCUAGUGCUUUGUUUUAGCAAUAAAAACAGUGAUUAACUUC